AUGACUCUUCUUCUCUUGUGCACUCUCUAUUACUCCAUCUCAACAGCUACACCUUUCCCUGCACUGUGUGAUCUGCAGAGAGACAUUGAGCAUCCUGUGUUUAUGGCUAAUGGGGACUUGACAUUAGGAGGAAUUUUCCCAUUGCAUUACAAAGUAGAAAUGCCAGAAACAGAUUACUCAAAGCAACCUUUGACAGCACAGUGUAAAGGAUUUGACCCCAGGGCUUUCCGCUGGGCUUUAACUCUGAGGCUGGCAGUGGAAGAGAUCAACCAGAGGGAGGAUCUGUUACCCAACCACAUGCUGGGCUAUAAAAUAUUUGACUCAUGUGCUACUCCAGUGACUGCCCAGAGAGCAGCGCUGGCAGUGCUGAAUGGGCAGGAUGUCGCAAACAGUUCCAUAUGUUCUGGGACAGGCUCUUUAUUGGCUUUAGUUGGAGAAUCAGGAUCAUCUCAAACCAUAGUAGUCUCCAGAACUCUGCAGGCCUUCAGAAUCCCAAUGAUCAGUUAUUUUUCAACAUGCUCUUGUCUGAGUGAUAGGAGACAGUUUCCAACAUUUUUCAGAGUGGUCCCAAAUGACGACUAUCAGGUCAAGGCCAUUGCUCAGCUCCUGAGGAAAUUUGGCUGGACUUGGAUUGGUGUUGUCACUGAGGACCAUGACUAUGGCAGGUUUGCUCUGCAGGGUCUCAAAAGAGAAAUAGAGAACACAGAUAUCUGCUUGGCGUAUCAUGAAAUGAUCCCAAAAGACUUCAAACGGGAACGGGUCCUGGAAAUUCUGAAAGUUAUGAAAAGAUCCACUGCAAGGGUGGUGGUUGUUUUCUCUGGUGAAGGGGAAUUUUAUCCCUUCCUUAAGGAGUUUAUGACUCAAAAUAUCACUGGAAUCCAGUGGAUUGCCAGUGAGGCUUGGGUAACAGCUGCAGUUUUGGCAGAGUCUUUCUCCUUCUUAGCUGGCACAAUAGGUUUCGCUAUUCGCCAAGGACAUAUACCAGGACUGGGAGACUACCUGACGACAGUAGACCCAUGGAAAAACUCUCAUCUGCCUCCAUGCUCAGGACAGGAGAAACUUCAGCACUCUGCCUACUUUAAAACAUCCAGUCCUCGUGUGGCCUAUAAUGUAUACAAAGCUGUGUAUGCUAUAGCUCACGCUCUACAUAAUCUUAUUGUCUGUAAGCCUGGAUCUGGACCAAUCGACCAUUUAUCAUGUGCAAAUAUCAGCAAUGUUUAUCCCUGGCAGCUUCAGCAUUAUCUACAAGAAGUUUCUUUUUCUAUCUCUGGUGAAAACAUGAGCUUUGAUGAGAAUGGAGACUCCAUUCCAUCAUAUGACCUGAUAAACUGGCAGACAGAUCCAGGAGGAGAAAUUCAGUUUGUGAAAGUGGGCCUUUAUGAUGGGAGCAAACCUGCAAAGGAGGCUGGGAAAGAGCUGGUCAUCCAGGAGAAGUCAAUCAUGGUUAUGUCUAUUUGCAGCGAAAGCUGUGCUCCAGGAUUCAGGAAGGCUGUCCGUCAAGGGGAGCCUCUUUGCUGCUUUGACUGUGUACCAUGUGACAGUGGCAAGAUUAGUAAUCGGACAGAUUCAAUACAUUGUAUGCCCUGUCCUGAAGAUUACUGGUCAAAUGCUGCAGGAACAAGGUGCAUACCAAAGGCAGUUGAGUUCCUCACCCAUGAUGCAAUGGGGAUAGCCCUGACGGUGAUAGCUGUGGUGGGAGCCUGCCUCACAAUUGCUGUGUUGGUAGUUUUCCUCUACCACAGAAACACCCCUGUCGUCCGCAUCAAUAACUCUGAACUGAGUUUCUUCAUUUUGUUCGCUCUGGCUCUGUGCUUUCUCUGUGCUCUGGUUUUUAUUGGAGAGCCCACUUCCUGGUCAUGCAUGCUGCGUCACACAGCUUUCAGCAUCACCUUCUCCCUCUGCAUCUCCUGCAUCCUGGGUAAGACCCUGGUGGUUCUGGCUGCUUUCACUGCCACUCAGCCAGGAAACAAUGUGAUGAAGUGGCUGGGACCCAAACAGCAGAGAGUCAUCAUCUUCAGCUGUACCAUGGUCCAGGUGAUGAUCUGUGCUGCUUGGCUCAUCACUUCCCCUCCUUUCCCCUCCAGAAACACCCAGUAUCAGCGGUCCAAGAUCAUCCUGGAAUGCACAGUGGGCUCAGAUGUGGCCUUCUGGUGUGUUCUGGGCUACAUUGGGCUCCUGGCUGGUGUUUGCUUUAUUCUGGCCUUCCAGGCCCGAAACUUGCCAGGAAAUUUUAACGAGGCCAAAUACAUCACGUUCAGCAUGCUGAUAUUUUGCGCAGUAUGGUUAGCCUUUGUGCCUGCCUAUGUCAGCUCACCUGGCAAGUUUACCACAGCAGUGGAGAUCUUUGCUAUUUUAGCAUCAAGUUUUGGUUUGCUUUUAUGUUUAUUUGCUCCAAAGUGUUACAUUAUCUUAUUGAAACCAGAGAAGAACAGCAAACAACAUCUGAUGGGCAAAGAAAGAUAG